AUGUCUUCACCCGCAACUCAAUACGUCUACGUCCCCAACCUCGUUGGCGGACAGAUGCUCAGGAUCCCCAUCGAGGACGUCGAAGCAGAGGGCCAAAUCUCCAUUGCCCAACAGCCCAUCGCCAGCCCAACUCUCUCUUCACGAUACGUCCGCGACUCGUCACCAUCGCCAAGCAUGGAGAGCGUCGACGACACCGACGAAAAUGACGGCAAGCCUUGCACUGGUCUGCAGUCCAGCAAGGCGGAACUAGCUAGCAGCGGACGUCGUUGCCAAGCAGCCUAG